AUGAUCUCACUGUCACUGGAUGAUCUCACUGUCACUGGACGAUCUCACUGUCACUGGAUAACCUCACUGUCACUGGAUGAUCUCACUGUCACUGGACGAUUCCACUGUCACUGGAUGAUCUCACUGUCACUGGAUGAUCUCACUGUCACUGGACGAUUCCACUGUCACUGGAUAACCUCACUGUCACUGGAUGAUCUCACUGUCACUGGACGAUUCCACUGUCACUGGAUGAUCUCACUGUCACUGGAUGAUCUCACUGUCACUGGACGAUCUGUCAGUCACUGGAUGAUCUCACUGUCACUGGAUGAUCUCUCUGUAACUAGACAAUCUCUCAGUCACUGGACGAUCUCUCUAUCACUGGAUAACCUCACUGUCACUGGAUGA